UAACAGCAGGUUUUUGUAUGUAUAAUUUAUUAUUACUAGUUGAGCAACUUGUGUCGACUGAAAACGGAACGUAACCUUUUGUAAGCAAAAUAGAAAUUGAAAAUGUCAUUUCAAAUGUCAUAACAGUCGUUAGUCAAGUGAUAUUGUGUCCCCUUUAUUGAUUUUAACAAGUGUAUCCUGCGAUUUCCGUUUAUACUUUAUAUUGUUAAUUAUUCGCACAACCAGUCAUGUCUUCCGUAACGGAUGUAAGGACUAUAUUCCAAAACAAAUUAAGCGAAAACCCCGAUCAUGGUUUUCAUCCAUUGGAUUUGGACAGAAUAAAAGACGAAAAAUAUAUCAACCGGGUUCUGAAACACUCCAACGAGGAUGCUAAGGAAGCUGCUGAUAUGCUCUGGGAGAUAUUUACGUGGAGGAAAACCACCGGCGCGAAUGAAAUAAAUGAAAGCAACAUAAAAAUGGACUUUGUUCAUGACGGUGUUAUAUUUCCGCACAGCCGGGACGUGGAUGGCUGUUUGCUGCUCAUAAUUAAGUCGAAAAAACACGUGAAAGGCGUCAAAGACUUCGAGGAGAUCAAACGAAUCAUCAUAUACUGGUUCGAUCGCAUCGAACGCGAGGAAAAUGGUAAUAAGAUAUCACUGUUUUUCGAUAUGGAGGGUUGCGGACUGAGUAACAUGGACAUGGAUUUGAUUCAGUACUUGAUAUCACUAUUUAAGCACUAUUACCCUAAUUUCUUGAACUACAUCAUUAUAUAUCAAAUGCCGUGGGUGUUGUCUGCUGCGUUUAAAAUUGUCAAGUCCUUGCUUCCAGCACAAGCUAUUGAAAAACUGAAAAAUGUCAACAAGGACACAAUUAAGAACUUUGUACCUCCAGAGCAGGCUUUGACAUGCUGGGGUGGGCAGGACAAUUACGUUUUUGAGUUUGUACCCGAAAACAGGAGCUCACCUGAUCACACUCCGAAAAAAGUCACAUUCGCAGAGCAGAAUGAUGUACUCACGUUUCCUCACGCUGGAGAUAUGCUGCGUAUCAACCCCAGCAAUUUAAUCGUGUUUAAAAACGAAAACGAUGAUAUUACCGGCCAGUUUGUUAUAACAAAUAACAAUGCAGGGGCUGUGUCCUUUAAAAUACGCACAACAUCCCCAGAAAAAUUCCGAGUACGGCCUAGCUCGGGCAUUCUAGCCGUAGCAGCAUCACAAACCGUAAUGAUAGUGGUGCAACCAGGUUUCCAACUGAAAAAUGUGUCCAAAGAUAUGUUCUUAGUCAUGUGUAUGCAGAUACCGAAAACAGAGCUAUCGCAAAAAGAACUCAGCGAGGUCUGGCAGAAUUCUUCUGGGAACCAAGUGGACGAAUACAGGUUGAAGUGCCAGUUUCCCGUGAAGGAGACAAAGAACGGUAAUGUCGUUGAGAAGUCUGAUAAAUAUGAUUCGGUAACAAAUGCACUUAACAAUCUACAAAUUAAUUAUGAAAUUUUGCACAAACAAGUAGAGAAGUUAAAGAUAUUUCAGUUUCUUACAUUAAUGCUAUCCAUUGUCGCAGUCAUUUUAGGAUAUUUAGUGUAUAUGAAUACAUACGAAAAUGAUAGGUAUUGUGAACAAAUUUAAAUUGAUUUUUGGAUACAGUUAAAUUAUUAUAGAAUAUCAAUAUAAUAUGUGUAGUCAUAAGUUAGAUAAUAUUUGGUAACAUUCCUUUAACGGUUUUGUUCUUUUGCAUUUGUGGGCUU